AUGUCAGGUAUAUCUUAUAUUAGAUGGAGACCAAACUAUCCAAAUGAGAUUGCAUCAUGUUCGUCAUUGACUGAUGUAAGAGUAUUUGUUUGGAAUGUUAAAAGACCUUACAUCGCAAGUUGUUUCUUUGAGACACAUGAAGAAGUUCCAACGGGAAUUUUAUGGCAUGAUCCUGAUGUGCUGUGGUCUUGCUCAAAGGAUAAAUAUUUUAUACAGCAAUAUAUCAAAGGAUCACGUCGACCUUUAGAUUUAUUAAGUAAAUGCGGAAUUGGCUGGAGUGUCUAUGAUCAACUAGCAUUUACUGUAGAUAAAUCCAACAAUAAUAAUGAUAUAAUUGAUGAUCACAGAAAUAUUAGGCAGCCUUUGAAUAAUCAAAUUAAAAAAAUGCAAAGACGUAUAUCUCCUGGAGCAAUAGAUUCAUCAAAUGAGGGUUAUUACAAAUUACAACAAAAAACUGGAAUGGCACAUUUUAAAGCGUUUGAUUAUAGAGCAUUUUCAUAUCUUGCAGGGAAUUAUAUGAUUUCUAGUCAAAACAUUUGGGAAGCUUGUGAACAUAAUGCAAAAAUUGCACACGAUGCACAAAAAUUUAGGACAGCACAAACUUGGAAAAUAGUUCAACUAUUAUUACACAAAAGAACAGAUAGCAUUGAUAACAAUAGCAAUAAUCAAAAUGGAGUUGAAGAACAACAACAGCACUCCAAUGAAUCUAAUUUGGCGAAUGAAAACAGUAGUAAUACUAAUACACCAAUAGAAAAAACAUCAGAAAGAGAAACAGGAGCAUUAGACAAUCCAAAGAAAUUUACUAAAUUAUCAGAAAAAGAUUUUAUUUGUGGACCAACUAUAAAGAUAAAUUUAACGCCGUUAUUUGAUCAAGAACAAAUAAUUUCACAAUUAUUAGAUUAUUAUUCAGAACAGGCAAGCAUUUUUAAUUAUUCCAAAGAUAAAAUUUAUAUAUUAUUUAUUUUAUUUGUUAUACAGGGAGAUGUGCAAAUGUGUGUUACCUUAGUUCUUGUAAUUGGAGAUAGGAUUAAGUUUAAUAAUGAAAGAGUAGAACAAUGGUUUUUUUCAUACAUUGAAUUAUUACACAGAUUUCAACUUUGGAUAGCAGCUACAGAUAUAAUUUCUUCUUGUUCGAUCGCAGCAGUUUCAAUGCUAAAUCAAGAAGAAGUAUUAUUGGAGAAAGUAUUGGAAGAAGUAGAUGAAACCCUUGAUCCUUUAGAUAUCGAAGAUCCAACAACAAUGAUAACAGCAGGAUGCAAUGAAAUUAUAAAAGAAGGAAUAUCAGUGGUUUAUAAUAAAAAAGUUUUAUAUAGGCCAAUGAUUAAAAUUGAAGGUGAAACUUGGCAUCAAAAACCUGAAUUACGUCUAAAUAUGCCAGAUAUUCUUAAACGAUUGGAAAAGUUAUACAAAAAAAAUUAUUUUACAAAAAUAAAGCCACACUGUGAGGAUAUAACUGAUAGCAAUUAA